AUGAUGGUCCGGCAAUCAAAUCAAGUAAUAUCGCGAUCUGUGAGGGAGAAACGACAGAAUGGUGAGGCAGAGAGACAUAUUCAUCUGGCACGAGAUCUCUUAGACCCAAAUACACCGAUUAAUGUGGAAAACUUACUGGUGAGUAAUCUCGGAUAAGUUUUAUUAAUGGUUUAGGACGCAUUUGUUGCCAUUUAUCACGACUGUAAUCUUCCCAUUCUCAAAAAAUUACGCAACGUCGACCAAUUUCUUCAGAAAUGUAAGAUUUUAAUUGUGAUUUGUUGUCGUUUUUGUGGUCGUAUCAGAUUCCCGUCGUGAGUACUAUGUUUUAUGUUUAGAUGAGAGUGUUGUUAAUAGUAUCAGUAAUCGUCGUAUGAGGGAUACAGACUUUGAUAUGAUCAAAGUGAUCGGCAGAGGUGCUUAUGGAGAGGUUCAGUUGGUCAGAAGCAAGAAGGAUCGCCAAGUCUAUGCAAUGAAACGCCUUGAAAAGAGUGAAAUGGUGUGUUUUUUAUUUAUUUUUAUUUGUGUAGGAUGUUGUGAUCGUUGUAUUGGUGUCUUUCGUUUUUUUUCCAAAGUUGUGUUGUUUUAGAUUCGUCGUUACGAUUCCGCCUUCUUCUGGGAAGAACGUGACAUUAUGGCGCAUGCCAAGUCGGAGUGGAUUGUCCAGCUGCAUUAUGCAUUCCAAGAUGCCCGUUUUUUGUACAUGGUGAUGGAAUUUAUGCCCGGAGGGGACCUUGUAAAUUUAAUUUCCAAAUAUGACAUAACCGAAGAAUGGGCGCGGUUUUAUCUUGCUGAAUUGGUUCUUGCCCUGGAUGCGAUCCAUUCCUUCGGCUAUAUUCAUCGUGAUGUGAAACCGGACAAUAUGUUGAUAUCUCGAUCGGGGCACGUCAAAUUAGCUGACUUCGGAACAUGUGUCAAAUUGAAUGCUGUACGUAUUUCACAAUAGUUGAAGUAUUUUUCUUGUUUUCAAUGAACGAUUAAUGAUUUCAGGACGGAAAGAUCAUGUGUGCCACAGCCGCGGGUACGCCCGAUUACAUCAGUCCCGAAGUACUGAACUCUCAAUGCUCGGAGACUGUCUACGGAAAAGAAGUAGACUACUGGUCAGUUGGAAUCAUCCUAUAUGAGAUGUUGGUUGGGGAAGCUCCUUUUUAUGCCGAUUCUCUAAUGCGAACGUACCAACGAAUCCAGAAUUAUGAAACCGAAUUGUCAUAUCCAGAUGAUAUUGGGAACCAGAUCAGCAACACAACCAAGGAUCUGAUCAGGAAGCUUUUAUCCGGUGCAGAUGUUAGAUUGGGCAGGAAUGGUGCGACCGAAGUUAAGUCUCAUCUUUUCUUCCAAAACAGUCAAUGGAAUUUUGAUACGAUAAAGAACGGUAAGAUCAAUGUUUUUAAACUACUCGUAUUUAGCUAAACCACCGUAUGUUCCGACCUUGGAAUCGGAUGAUGACACUUCGAACUUCGAAGAUGUAUCUCCGCGGGAACAGAGUCAAACAGACAACUUCCAGCUGCCUAAAGCAUUUAAUGGAAACCAACUCCCCUUUAUAGGAUUUACAUAUUCCAGCGAUUUAAGCCCGGCUUUGGCAAUCCAGAAGUUAAUGAUAAACUGUGAUGACUCGGAGUUUAAAGAAAACGGAUAUCCGAAUGGGGACGCCAAAGAAAAUACAAUAGCAGACGAGAAACACAAGGAGAUCGAAAAGAAAUUGAAAGUGGCCGAGAUUAAGAUUGUCGAAUUGCAGAAGGAUAUUGAUGAGAAAACCAACGAAUGGGCUGCCAAGAUGAGAGAAUGGGUACACAAAUAGAAGUGAUCUCAAAAUAUAAAUUUUUCAGAGUCAAGUUCAGAGUAGACAAGAAAAGGAAAAGCGAGAACAAACCGACAAGGCUGCCAACGCUGAGUCCAAAUUGGCCGAACUUCAAAGACAAGUCGAUGAAAUCAACGGACAAUUGAGGACUGAACGACAAGAUAUAGUAGGCUGAUGAGAUGAAUUAUAUUUGUGUUGAUUUAGGCUUCCGCAAAGGAACAUUAUGAGGAAGACAGACGGUCUUUGCAAUCGGUGAUCCAGCAAAAGGAUGCUCAACUCAAUGAAUUGAAGCAAAAGCUGGAAGAACAGAUUAAUCUUUUGACCGCUGAGAGACAGGAACAGGUAGAAAAAUUUUAUUUUUUACUUGAUCAUAAUGAAUUUGUUUUUCAGGCAGAGAAUCUUCGAAAGGAACAAGUCGGAUCUCAAAGCGGACUCGAAGCCAAGAUCUCUAAACUGGCAGAACAACUUGAGAACCAACGACAGGCUGAAGAACGGACUCGAUCUGAGCUGUGGGCUCUUAGAGAAGAGAAGCAAGGACUCGAAAACAAUAUGCAAAUUGUUGCACGAGAAAAGACCCGACUCGAGAGCAGAUUGAGUACCUUGAAAGAAGAGUAUAACAGCGAACAACAAGUCUGCAACAUGUAUAAGGCGGAGUUAGAUCAGGCCAAAAUGGAGAUUGCUGAGAAGAUCAGGCAAUUGUCUAACAUCAACAGUAACUUGUAAGUUAGGUGGUCAUUCCAAAUCGAAUUUGUUGUUCAUCUAAACUGAUCAUUUUUAGAGCUUCGAUCCAAGCCAUUCAAGAUAAGCUCCAGAACGAACACAUCGCACGGAAGAUCGCUGAACAUUCUCUCGACGAAUCCGAGAAAGAGAAGUAUAUGUUACAACAGGAGCUAAACCAAUGUGUGUCUCGACAUGGAAAAGAACUUGAUGCCAAAAACAACAAAAUCAAGGAGGUACUAUCCAUUUUACCGUAUUUUUUGAUUAAUGGAUAUGUUUAGUUUGAAAGACGAGAAAAGGAAAUGGAUGACCAAAUCAAGAAACUUCUUGACGAGAACAAUCGUCUCAAGCAUUCCCAACGCUCAGUCUCGGGCCCGAUUCAUCAUCAUGCUGAGCGGUCAACAGAUUCCUUAUCCAAUAAUUCUGGAUCUCAAGCAUCGUUGGCAAGCCGUGAUGGUCUCGAGAAUAUGACACGAGAAGAUCUCAUUGCCAGAUGUCGAAGAGAAAUGCAGUUGAAGGAAAAUGUGAUUGCUAAGUUAUACACUGUCGGGCAAAUGAAGGGAAUCGCUGAGGGGCCACAAAACACUUCCAAGGCCAGAAAACAGAAAAACGAGAUCAAACGAUUGGAAGAGAUCAUGGAACAGAAACAUCGUGACGAGAUCCAAAAUUACAGAAAAUCAGUGCAAGAGCACAUCAGCCACAUCCAAUAUCUCAACGAACAGUUGUACGAAGAACAGUCCAAAAAAGAGCAACUCCAAAUGCAGCUCAGCGAGAUACUGGUACGGAAAUAUAUGAUAGCAGUUUUGAAUCAUGUUUACGUUUGUAACCAUUAUAUUUUCAGUCCCCGAAGGAAGAUGGGAACGACCGUCGUGUUCUCCAAAGUCUUCGACAUAUCUUCGACCACGGCCGUUAG